AUGUCUCGUAGAGGUAGAAAGAAGAAGAAUCCAUCUCACCCUCCCCAACAUGAGCAAGAAGUUGACAAUACUCCACCUCUUGAUGUGCCUUCUUCUCGGCAACCAACAACAAAGUUCACAUCAUUACUUGCCACCAAAUUAGUAGCUGCAACCCGUAAAGAGCGACCAUUUGCUGCAAAAUAUGGAGAGGUCCAAUCCACUUGGCAGAGAGUGGCAGAUUUGGUCUCGAAUGAAGCUAGAUUGAACCCACCAAUGUCGAAGAAAACAGCGCAAGAUAAGGUUAACCAAAUGGUCAAAAUGCAUCGUGAUGGAUGUCAGGCCCCAAAACAGCUUCAGCUUUCUGAAUGUGAAUAUACAAGUUAUGCUUCAAUUUUAGAUGGAUUGUGCCAUGAGAUGGACGAGGUAGAGAGAGAGAAAGCUAAGGGUUCAUUAGAAAAGCAACAGAAUUUGGCAGCUCAAGAAGCUGCUGGAAAGAAAGCACGCGAGGCAGCCAUGAAAACACUUGAGCAGACAGAAUUAGGUCGAAAGCGCCGGUGGAAUGAGGCUUUCCUGGCAGCGUUGUCUGACAGUGAUGAACCCGAGGACAAUGAAAGCUCUUAUGACACUGAGGCGAUUGAAACAACACAAUCACACAAACGACAUUUAGCCACAAAAGCCACCGGAAAUCCAGCAUACAAUGCUGCAUCAGGACCGAUCAAGGAUGUUUUCGGAGAAUUAGCUAGUGUUGUAAAUCGCGCUGAGGCAGAUGCCAUGGAGAGUACAGUCAGGCUUGCCGAGGAAAAUAACAGCAUCCAGCGAGAACGAUUGGAAGUGGAGAAACAGAUGCUCACCGCUAUUCAAGGCCUCAGCAACAAUUUACAACAUCACAUCGAAGUUUUCCAUACACUUGAGAAAGAGAAUCAAUUUCCCAAUAUGUAA